UCAGCAGGCAGAGAGAUGAGGGAGAGAGAGGAACUGAAGAAAGCCAUCGAGCAGACGGACCGUCUGCUGUCUCGAGUGCGCGAGCUGGAGGAAGAGAACUCCAGAUUGGGGAGGGAGAAGAAUGAGGCGCUCGUUAGGAAACGCUCCGAGCAGGAGAGCCUGCAGGAGGCGGAGCAGCGUUGCGCAGAGCUGGCGGCGGUGCGGCGGGAGCUGGAGGCGCGGGUGGCCGGUCUGAGCGAGCGGCUGGAGGAGGAGGAGGGCGCCACGGCCCAGCUGCACACCCAUCGCCAGCGCCUGGAGGCCGAGUGCGGCAGCCUGCGCUGCGACCUGGAGGAGCUGGAGAGCACCCUGGGCGCCGUGGAGAGGGACAAACAGAACGCAGACUUGAGUGUGAAGAAGCUGACGGAGGAGCUGCUGCAGAGGGACGACCUGGUGCUCAAACUGCAGAAGGAAAAGGAACACCUGGUGGAGCUUAGCCAGCAAGCCAUCGAGGACCUGCAGUGUGAGGAGGAGAAGGUCAACCUCCUGACCAAGGAGCGCGCCAAGCUACAGGUGCAGACGGAGGAUUUGGAGUAUCUGCUGGAGCAGGAGAGGAAGCAGAGAGGGGAGCUGGAGCGCAGCAGGAGGAAGUUGGAGGGGGACAGCAGAAGCACCAUGGAGAACCUGACGGAGAUGGAGAAGCUCAAGUUCAGCCUGGAGGACGUCAUUAAGAAGAAAGAUCUGGAGAUAACCUCCACCAACAUCAGGCUGGAGGCCGAGGAGAACCAGAACAUCAGCCUCCAGAGGAAAAAUAAGGAGUUCCAGGUGCGCAUUGAGGAGCUGGAGGAGGAGCUGGAGGCAGAGAGAGCCAUAAGAGCAAAGGUGGAGAAGCAGCGGUCUGACCUGACGCGUGAACUGGAUGACCUGACUGACCGGCUGGAGGAGGCCGGUGGGGCCACAGCCUCUCAGAUAGAGAUGAAUAAGAAGCGAGAGGCGGAGCUCCAGCGUCUGCGGCGCGAGCUGGACGAGUCGUCGCGCCAGUCCGAGGCGCUGGCGGCAGCACUGAAGAAGCGUCACGGUGAGGCGCUGGCCGAGCUGGGCGAGCAGUGCGAGGGCCUGCAGCGCGCCCGUGCCAAACUGGAAAAGGACAAGCAGAACCUGCGGCUGGAGGUGGACGACCUGGCCGCCUCGCUGGACAACCUGCAGAAGUCCAAGACCUCCACAGAUAUCCAGCUACGCAAGCUGGAGGACCUACUGGCCGAGGCCAACUCCAGGAACGAUGACCUCCAGAAGGCCCUGACCGAGGUCACAGUGUCCAGGAACCGCCUCACAGCUGAGAACAGUGAGCUGGCCCGGCAACUGGAGGAGGCUGAGAAUAAGGGCUGUCUGAUGAGCCGCGCGCGGGGCCUGUUGAGUGGCCAGCACGAGGACCUCAAGAGGCAGCUGGACGAGGAGCUCAAGGCCAAGGCGUGUGUGAGCAGCAGCAUGGCGGCGCUGCGUCAGGAGUGUGAGAGUCUGCGGGAGCAGCUGGAGGAGGAGCAGGAGAGCAAGCUGGAGCUGCAGCGCCUCGUCUCCAAGCUCAACAGCGACGUCACCCACUGGAGGGGACGCCUGGAGGCCGACAGCAUCCAGCACAGCGACGAGCUCGAAGAAGCCAAGAAGAAGCUGUCGUCCCGGCUCCAGGAGGCUGAGGAGGCGGUGGAGGCCACCCAGGCCAAGUGCUCCAGCCUGGAGAAGACCAAGCAGAGGCUGCAGGGAGAGGUGGAGGAGCUCUGCAUGGACCUGGACAAGGCCAGUAACAACGCGGCAGUGCUGGACAAGAGGCAGCGCGUGCUGGAGAAGCAGCUGGCCGACUGGCGUCAGAAGUGCGAGGAGCUGAGCCAGGAGGUGGAGGCGUGCCAGAAGGACGGCCGGCAGCACGCCACCGAGCUCUUCAAGCUCAAGACGGCCCACGAGGAGACGCUGGAGCAGGCCGAGGCGCUCCGCCGCGAGAACAAGGCCUACCAGGAGGAGAUCACUGACCUGACUGACCAGCUGUCUGACGGGGGGAAGAGUGUCCACGAGCUGCAGAAGAUGAAGAAGAAGCUGGAGAUGGAGAAGGAGGAGCUGCAGGGCUCCCUGGAGGAGUCGGAGGCCGCGCUGGAGGCGGAGGAGACCAAGGUGCUGCGUCUGCAGGUGGAGCUGUCUCAGGUCAAAGGGGACAUGGAGCGCCGGAUGCAGGAGAAGGAGGAGGAGUUUGAGGCCACCAGAAAGAGCCACCAGAGGGCGCUUGAGUCCCUGCAAGCCAGUCUGGACGUGGAGGUGAAAGGUCGCACUGAGGGAGCACGCCUGAAGAAGAAGAUGGAGGCCGACCUGAAUGACCUGGAGCUUCAGGUGGACCUCCUCAACAAGAACAACACCGAGCUGAUGAAGACCGUGAAGAAGAUGCAGCAGCAAGUCAAGGACCUGCAGGCUCAGCUGGAGGAGGAGGUGCGUCAGCAGGAGGAGGCGCGGGAGGAGCGGGCCCUGCUGGAGCGCCGCUGCACCCUGCUGGCCAGCGAGAGCGAGGAGAGCCGCGUGGCGCUGGAGGCGGCCGAACGUGCCCGCAAGGCUCUGGAGACAGAGCUGCAGGAGAGCUCUGACAAGUUCAACGAGCUCAACAACCAGCUCCAGGCGGCGUGCAGCGGCAAGCGGAAGCUGGAGGUGGACCUGCAGCAGCUGAGCCACGAGCACGAGGAGCUGCAGGGCGAGCUGAGGGGGGCCGGCGACAAGAUCAAGAAGGCCAACUGCGAGGCGACGCGUGUGGCCGAGGAGCUGCGUCUGGAGCAGGAGCACACGCUGCACCUUGAGAGGGUGAAGAAGGGCCUGGAGGCCCAGAUCAAGGACAUGACUACCCGGCUGGACGAGGCCGAGCAGCUGGCCAUGAAAGGGGGCAAGAAGUUCAUCCAGAAACUGGAGGGCAAGGUAAAGGAGCUGGAGCUGGAGCUGGAGACGGAGCAGAAGCGCCACGGCGAGACGGUCAAGACGCUACGCAAGAACGAGCGGCGCCUGAAGGAGCUGCUCUUCCAGUCGGAGGAGGACCAGAAGAACCAGCUGCGCAUGCAGGAGCUGGUGGAGCGGCUGCAGAUCAAGAUGAAGACCUACAAGAGACAAGUGGAGGAGGCGGAGGAGCAGGCCAAUGUGAACCUGGCCAAGUACAGGAAGACAGUGCAUGAGCUGGACGAUGCAGAGGAGCGGGCCGACAUCGCUGAGUCCGCACUCACCAAGAUCCGCACCAAGAACCGCGGCAGCUUCGGAAAGGGCUACUCAUCCGGAUACAGCACCCCCUACCCUGGGAUGGUGAGAUCACCAAGCUCUGCAGGGUCAGAAGGCAGGGGUGAGAAGAUCCUCAACGACGACGACGGUGAGUCGGUCAGCUCUCUCAUCCCUGCCUAUCUCAACUCCCUGAAGAAGCUCAUGGUGGACUAGACGUCCAAUGUCCCACCGCAAACCGUCUUAGACCAGCAAAGCAGUGAGCGCUCCGAGUGGGUGACUAAUAUUUCAAUUACUUGCAUGAGUGAAACAAAUUCCAAAGUUUUUUUAUGGAAUGUCAUAAUUGUUCGUAUUAUAAUGUUUUUUCUUACUUUGCAAGUAAUUAGUACUGGUAAUAGACCUCUGAAGUUUGCCUCCAAAAAGGACCCAAAGCUGCCAUUUUUGCCCAUAUAAGGAGAUUCAUAUCUCCUUCUAUAGGCAAAGAUGGUACCCAGAUCUCCUUAUAUUGGCAAAUAUGGCACCCAGAUCUCCUUAUAUAGGCAAAGAUGGCAGCUUUGGGUCCCUUUUGUUGGCUCCAUAGAACUUCAGAGGUCUAUGGUUCGGAGGCACUAUAAUGUUGCCAAAAAAUGUGCAUGAAAACAGAAAACUUUGCCAAAUAAAUAUUUUAUAACAAAUGAUUCCUAAAGCAUUAUUACAAAGUAUAUAACUAUGGCCACAAAUCCUUUAUUAGAACAUUUAUUAGAAAUUAUUAGAUCUCCUACACUUAUGUAAAAAAUAUAUAAAUUCUAUGUAUUUAUAUCAAUUCAAAUGUUAUUCCAAAAAAAUAUUAAAGCUAUGAAAGUUUACCGCACAUUGAAUUCCAAGUACAUUCCAUGUUGUCUGUAUUAUUCAAGAUAAAUGAACUAUUAAUGGACCUUAAAGCUUCAAAUGUGACUUUAAUGCUUUUGGGGUGUCAAGACAUGAAAUGUAUCACAAAGUGGAAACUGUUCCACUAAUGCCAUUGCUUAAAUGAUGUAUCAGUAUUUUUUUUGUUUUUGUCAUUCAAAAGUAUAUAAAUAAAAUAUGCUC